AUGAAGUUGCUCUACCUUUUCUUUUUUCUGUCAGCUGCAAUAGCCAUUGUUGCAGCUUCGGAUUUAGAUGAUUAUAACGAAGACAUGGACAAUGACAUGCAAAGGCAAGUCGCAUUGCCUGGAAGCCAAGAUGCAACUCCUUUACGAGGGGUGCAGAUCAGCCGCUUUCUUGCACAGCAGAACCUGCUAGCCAAUAUGACAUGCAAUAAGUUUCCUCGGAUUUGUCGUCGGAAGAGCAGCCCCGGGCCGGACUGCUGCAAUAAGAAAUGUGUCAAUGUGAAGACCGAUCGCCUGAACUGUGGUAUGUGUGGAUACAAGUGCAAGUACACUGGAAUUUGUUGCAAUGGAAAAUGUGUGGAUUCUUCGUUUGACAGAAGCCAUUGUGGUGGGUGCAAGAAAAAGUGCAAGAAAGGGAAGUUCUGCGUUUAUGGGAUGUGCGGUUAUGCAUGA